AAGUUGCAUCGUCAAAUCCUGCAAUUUCAAAUCUGAUGACCUCUGCCUUCACCAAAUAAAAAAGGACUGCAUGGGUAUGCAUGCAGUCACGCAUGGCCAAACCACCGGUCCGAGUCAACUGAUCAGAUGAUCUCUUCUUUUAUCAUGGACACACACGAUCGACCUGACAACCGUAAUAUAUACCUCUUCUAUUUCUCCUCUCCCCCCACACUGUGUGUAGUCUUCGGCGCCCUCUCUCUCUCUCUCUCUGAGUUUUUUUUUUUUGCCAUUAAUAUCUUCCUUCCAUUUCUCGUAGUUUAGUGAGAGGAACUCUAUAAUGAGGAAGCCUUGCUGUGAUAAGCAAGACACAAAUAAAGGAGCUUGGUCCAAACAAGAAGACCAGAAACUCAUGGAUUACAUUCUUAAACAUGGUGAAGGAUGUUGGCGUACCCUCCCUCAGGCUGCAGGUCUACUUCGCUGCGGUAAAAGUUGUAGGCUGAGAUGGAUAAACUAUCUGAGGCCAGACCUUAAAAGAGGCAAUUUUGCUGAAGAUGAAGAAGAUCUCAUUAUCAAGCUUCAUGCACUCCUAGGCAACCGAUGGUCGCUAAUUGCCGGAAGAUUGCCAGGACGUACAGAUAAUGAAGUAAAGAACUACUGGAACUCUCACCUUAGAAGAAAGCUGAUAAACAUGGGUAUUGAUCCAAAUAAUCAUCACUUGAACCGCAAUCUCCCUCGCCCUCCGCACAUGAAUAAGACAUCCUCCGAUGUAACAACAUUGUCUGGUUUGAAAUUAUCAAGUGGUACUGCUCAUGAACAGCAGCCUGUGAAAUCCCGAGGCGAUAUUAAUUGUGAUCAAGUGUCCGACGCUGGAAGUUGCUUGGAGGCCGAAUAUAAUUCGUGUGGCUUGCCGGAUUUAAACCUUGAUCUGACAAUAGGCAAUAUUCCUUUUACUCAUGAGAGUACUCGUGUCGAAUAGGGAUAGGCCAACAUGAUGCACAUAACGAGUCUGGUAUCAAUAAAAACUAGACUUCGUGAUCAGUUCCUCUCCUACCGUACUCAUGCAUAUACGUACGGUCCUCUAUCUCUCUCACUCAAAUGUUCUUAAAUUUAGAUAAAACUUGAAGGAAUCCAAGAUUUGGAUUUAGGGUAUCCCUUUUGUAAUAAGAGUAGUACACCAUGCUGCAUAUAGGCAGAAGCAAGCAUUUGGGGAAAUUAAGUCAAAGAAUAAUGCGGAAGGACGAGGCAGCUACAAAUUAAGGAGAUCGAUAUACGCCGGCAAAGAGCACAAAUGCAGCAAGCAGCUAGGCUGCAUAAACAAUCAAUCAAGUAGCUGUCUGAUUAUUAGUUCCGAUGGAAGAGCUUAUUUCUUGUAAAUUAAUUUAAUUGCCCCGAUCAUGUCCAGAUAAUUAAGAUCUAGAUCUAGUCGAUUGGGUGAUGAUCCGCAUACCUGUACUAAUGAAUUAUAACCAGUUUAUUUAAUUAA